CUUGAAGUGUAAAAUUUGCAUUUAUUCAUUCUUAAUCCUGUACUGAAUAAAAUGAGUUCAGUUUACACUUUCUUCUUUUAUUUAUAAAACACAGGUAAAAAUGCAGUACAUUACUAUUUACAUUCAAUAUACAAUAUAUAUAUACAAUAUAUAUCUGUGUUUAUAGUUUUCUUGGGGGCUUCAACUAGAAAAACAUCUGAAAGUCUUUGUGGACAGGGGGCAAUAGUGAAAAAAAUGUGGUUGACAAAUAUUGAUCAAAAUGCAUGUAGAAAGUGCAUAAAGGAAAGCAAAAGCAGAAGUGGAAAGGAAAGGAAACGUUCAGAAAUUGAAAAGUCCUAUGCUCCCUAUAUAAGACACCGGCACAAAGUUGGACCUUACAGAGCCUAGAGAGCAAGAUUCAGACAGUCCCCCAGCUCAGCCAGGCCAGCAGCAUCUGCAAGGUCCCCAAUGGCCCUGCCCUUCUCCUUCCUGGUGGCCCUGGUGGCUCUCAGCUGCAACUCCAUCUGCUCUCUGGGCUGUGACCUGCCUCACACCCACAGCCUGGUUAACGAGGGGACCUUGGUGCUCCUGGGACAAAUGAGAAGGAUCACCCCUUUGUUCUGCCUGAAGGACAGCAAGGACUUUGGGUUCCCCCUGGAGGCGUUCAGUGGCAACCAGUUCCAGAAGGCUCAAGCCACUUCUGCCAUCCAUGAGAUGAUCAGGCAGACCUUCCACCUCUUCUGCUCAGAGGGCGUGAUUACUGCUUGGGACAAGACCCUCCUACACCAACUCUGCAAUGGACUUGAUGAGCAGCUGAGGGACCUGGAAGCCUGUCUGACGCAGGAGGUGGGGCUGGAAGAGGCUCCCCUGACGAGAGAGGACUCCAUCCAGGCUGUGAGGAAAUACUUUGAGAGAAUCACUCGCUACCUGAAGGAGAAGCAGCACAGCCCUUGUGCCUGGGAGAUUGUCAGAGCAGAAAUCAGAAGAUCCUUGACUUUAUCAGCAAACUUGGAGGAAGAGGAGAUUGUGCAGUAAGGAGGGACACCUGGCUCAGCAUGGACAUGAUUCUCCCUCCCUAAUAAUAUCACACUUC